AUUGUCGUUGUAUUAGAGAUGCGUUCUUCCAUGUUAUAUGGCGUAUUUUUUUUACUUUUACUGAUAAUAUUGAGUAGUCUUCUAAUGAAUUCAGAAUGGAGUUGUACAACUAGUAAAAGCAAGUAUAUCUUUCCUUGGAUUUCUUCCACUUAUACGAGCAUACCUUCUGAGUUUUCUCAAUUAAAUAUGAAAGUGAUAUUACUGUGGACACCGUUCUUUAGUAGCACAAAAUGGAGUAAUAUUUCUCUUCAAAAAUUGAAUUGCCCGAUUACACGGUGUGAAAUAACCAAAGACCGAAACCGUUUUAAUUACAGUAAUCUUGUAAUUUUUCAUUGGAGAGAUACUAAAGCCCAUGACCUUCCAUCAACUCAUCCAGCUUUUCAACGAUGGGCUCUUUUUAAUCUUGAGUCCCCUCAUCACACGCCAGUUGCAAAUAUUCAAGCCUUAAGAAACAACAUUAAUUGGACAAUAACCUAUCGUACUGAUUCGGACAUAUUUGUUCCUUAUGGGAAAUUCGUCGCUAAGAAUAAGUCUGAACUGAUUGCCGUUGUAAAUACUGACCAGAAAAAAUCUUUGAAUAACACAAGUAUUUCAAAAAAAAGGUUGGCUGUAUGGAUAGUAAGCAACUGUAAAACCCCAUCUAAUAGGGAGAACUUUGUUACCGAAUUAAAGCGAUUUAUUCCAGUUAACGUAUACGGUAGCUGUAAUUAUAACAGAUGUUAUCCAAUUAAUCCUGUUAUGACGUGUUUCAAAAGCUUAGCCCAGCAAUAUAUAUUUUACUUGGCGUUUGAAAAUUCAAUAUGCAAGGAUUAUGCUACAGAAAAAUUGUAUAUGGCAUUAAAAGUGGGCCUUAUACCAGUUAUGUUCAGUGGUGCAAAUUAUAGUUCAUUUUUGCCUCCAAAUUCUUACAUUGAUGCACUGAAUUUUUCAUCUCCUAAAGAAUUAGCAAACUAUUUGUUAACUGUCUCAAAAACCGAGAAACUUGUGGAGAAUUAUCAGGAGUGGACAAAAACAUUUGAGAUUGAAAUUAAAUAUUUUUAUUGGUUUUGUGACGUGUGUGAGAAGCUUCACAGAGAAUCUAUUGAAAAUAGGCAUUAUCACACUUUUCAAAAACUAUACAGAUGGUGGUUUCUUGAAGCUAAGUGUAAAAUGUGGGUGAAUAACAUUCUAAAAACAGUUUGAAGUAAGCUAAUUUUGUUUCUUAAGUUAGUAUUCCUAUGGAAGUUUGUUCAUGUUUUGGUUUUUUUAGUUGUAAUUAUAAUUUAUUUUUCAUAUCUUAACAGUAGCUAUUAUAUUUCAACAUAUGAUAUUUGGUAGCUUGCAACGUUGUUACAUUUCUUGAUAAAAUUUGCUUUUAUUAUUUGGUUACAAUGAAUAAGCAAUAUCUUACUUUGUAUUUUAUAUUGUUUGUCACAAUUUUCUGUUUGUUAGGAUAUAUCAACACAACUGCAGGGAUUACUUUGAAAGUUUUCAUUAAUCAAAAACUUUCAUUUUUUGAGAUUAAAGAAAUUGUUAAUAAAGCUACAGAUGUACCAACGAUUUUAAAGUUGACCAUUUGAUUAUUAAUCUAAUUUUUGCUGAUUCAUUUGUAAUGCAGGGAAUC